AAACCCUAAUUCUCAUCACAAUCCUAAUCCUAACCCUCAUCACUCUCACAUUCCUCAUCAAAAAACUCAAACCAAAACCAAACCUCCCACCAUCUCCACCGUUCUCACUUCCAAUCAUCGGCCACCUCCGCCUUCUCAAACCACCGCUCCACCGUCUUUUCCUCACCAUCUCUAAAUCACUAAACGAUUCUCCGAUCUUCUCCCUUCGUCUAGGAAACAAACUCGUUUUCGUAGUCUCUUCACACUCAAUCGUCGAAGAAUGCUUCACGAAAAACGACGUCGUUCUCGCGAACCGUCCAAAGUCAAUUGCUUCUUAACAUAUCUCGUACAAUUACGCAUCUAUGGUAUCAGCUCCGUAUAGUGAGCAUUGGAGGAAUCUCCGACGUAUUGGCGCCGUCGAGAUUUUCUCCAAUCAUCGGCUUAAUAGCUUUUACACUAUCCGCCGCGACGAGAUCCGGCGACUUAUCGCUCGUCUCUCUCGGUCUCCAAACGCUUCACUCGUAAGUGAGCUUAAUUACUAAUUUAGGAUAUAAAUUUAGGGACUUAAUCAUUAAUUUAGGAUAAAUUUAGUCCUUAAUCAUUAAUUUAGGAUAAAAAGUUAGGCCAUAAUCAUCAUUAGUAUAGGAUAAGGUUAGGCCUUAAUCACUAAUUUAGAAUACUUCAUUUGUAAUUAGGCUAAAUUACCAAUUUAGGAUAAUUUGUACAACUAGGAUAUGUAUAUUUAUUUAGGCCAUAAUCACUAAUUUAGAAAUCUUCACUUAUAAUUGAGUUAAAUACUUAAAUUACUAUAUUUUAGGAUAAUGUGUAACCAGCUACAAAUUUAUGAAUUAUGAUGAAGAAAUUGUUUAUUGGUUGACAUAAUAAUAGUAAUCUCUAGUUCAGUCUCUGUUUAUCGGUAAAAGUUUUUUUGAGUUGUGUCACUGAAUUUGCAGGAAUUUGCAAAGGUUGAGAUGAAUUCAAUGUUAUCUAACUUAGCAUUCAACAACAUUAUUAGAAUGGUGACGGGAAAAUGUUACUAUGGAGAUGGUGCAGAGGAUGAUCCUGAGGCUAAACGUGUGCGGCAGCUUAUCGCAGAGGCGAUGAGUUGUUUUGGUGCAGGACAUGCGGCUGAUCAUUUACCGAUGUUGCGAUGGAUUACAGAUUUCGAGAGGCGGGUAAAGAAGAUUGCUGCUAGGCUUGAUGAGUUUUUCCAAAGAUUGGUUGAUGAGAAACGUGUGGCAAAGGAGAAGAAGGAGAACACGAUGAUUGAUCACUUGCUUUCUUUGCAAGUAUCCCAACCUGAGUACUACACAGACCAUACCAUUAAAGGAACCAUGCUUUCUCUUAUACUUGCGGGGACUGAUACAUCAGCGGUAACAUUGGAAUGGGCAUUAUCAAGCCUUUUGAACAAUCCUGAAGUACUAAAAAAGGUGAGAGAUGAAAUCGACAAUCAAAUUGGCUUGGACAGGCUUUUGGAAGAAUCAGACAUUCCAAACCUUCCUUAUCUUCAGAACAUUGUCUCUGAAACGUUGCGCUUGUAUCCCGCUGGGCCCUUGUUAGUCCCACACAUCUCAUCAGAAGAUUGUAAAGUAGGGGGUUACGAUAUGCCGUGUGGCACGAUGUUAUUGGUGAACGUCUGGGCUAUACAUAGAGAUCCUAGGCUAUGGGAUGAUCCCGCGAGUUUCAAGCCAGAGAGGUUUGAGAAAGAAGGAGAGACGCAUAAGUUAUUGACGUUCGGGUUAGGAAGAAGAGCGUGUCCUGGUUCCGGACUGGCUCGACGGCUAGUGAGCUUGAGUCUCGGGUCUUUGAUUCAAUGUUUUGAAUGGGAGAGGAUUGGAGAAGAGGAGGUGGAUAUGACUGAAGGUGGUGGACUCACAAUGCCUAGAGCUAUUCCGUUGGUAGCCAUGUGCAGAGCACGUGCCUUUGUUGGAAAAAUUCCACAUGAGUCUGGUUGAUUUUGUAUACUUUUGUAAAUUCUAUUGCUAGCUAUAUACAUGUGUUUAGAUAUUCUAAGUAAUGGUUUAUUUCUGUAUAUUUGAGUCACUACUACUUUGGUACUAUGUAAAACUAGUGUUCUAAAAUACGGUAUAUACGAUCGUAUAUAUGAUAUAUACACUGUACAC